AUGGACACUGAAUUCAAUCCCUGUCCACUGCAACCCAACUGGUCGUCCGCCACGGCCACCAAUCAGACCAUCUAUAAGCGGGUCGUGUGCACCGGUGGGCCCGUACAGGAGAUUCAAGUGAACGCCACCUUUGAAUACGACACCACCUGCAACGGCUAUAAUGCGUGGGUUUCACCAUGGACAUACCAUGUCCUUGCUAAUGGACAACAGCAGGACAUGGUUUUUGGCAACUUCUCGCAAUACUAUUCUUACCUCAAUGGUAAUAUGUACGAAGCUCAUUUUGGACAAAUAACUUCAGGUCCCUGUGCUGGUGACACCUACUUCUCAGUCAAUGCAUACGUGGCGGACGACCAGUUGGGUUGCAGUGGACAGGGAUUGAAUUCAGUGUCCAUUCCCUACAACAACGCCAGGAUUUACGGAAAGACUUGCAAUCAAAUCUGUAGUAUUGAUUCGCGAUACCACUCCUACUUUAUAUUCAGCCCACCCCUCACCAACUAAUGUACAUUGUUAC